AUGGAUCCCAAACGCGCCGAAGAAGAAGAAGACAACCCCUCGCUCCGGCGCCGCCGGCGCCGCUCCUCCGUAGCAUCCAUCUCCUCCGUCGCCUCCAUCGCAUCCAUCGCAUCCGUAGCCGACUCCCUCAUCGCGAAAGCAAAACACCUCGAAGCCGAAGUCGAGCGAGCCUUCCUUCUCUUCUGGGACGACCUGCCCGCAUGGCGCCGCGACAACUCCUACAUCCUCCGCGGCUACCGCCCCUCGACGAACAGCUUCGCCGAUUGCCUUGCUUCCCUGGGCUACCUCCACAACGAGACCGUGAACAUCUAUUCGCACCUGCUCGGCGCCGUCGCAUUCUCGUCGGGCGCGACGUUUCUUUAUAAUGUCAUCGCGCCGAGGUACGAGGCCGCCACGAGCUCGGACGUGCUUGUCUUUGCAUGCUUUUUCGCCGGCGCCGUAUGUUGUUUGGGUAUGAGCGCCGCUUUCCAUACAAUUUCGAGCCAUUCGGAGGUUGUUGCGCGGGUGGGGAAUAAGUUGGACUACUCGGGCAUCAUCUUUUUGAUUGUUGGGAGCUAUGUUCCUGCUCUCUACUACGGCUUCUAUUGCGAGCCGAAGCUUAUAACGCUUUAUCUCGGGAUUAUGUGCAUACUCGGCCUGGGAUGCGGCAUCGUCUCCUGGCUCGAUCGCUUCCGAACGCCGACAUGGCGGCCCUGGCGAACGGCCAUGUUUAUCGCCCUGGGCACAUCAGGCAUCGUGCCCGUGAUCCACGGGCUGCAAAAGUACAGCUUCCAAGAGCUUGAAGACCGCAUGAGCCUUAGCCUCGUCCUUCUUCACGGGCUCAUGUAUAUUUUCGGUGCUGUUCUCUACGCAGUCCGGUGGCCCGAAAGAAGCUUCCCUGGCAAGUUUGAUAUCUGGGGCAGCUCGCAUCAGCUCUUCCACUUUUUCGUCUUGUUGGCCGCGGUUACACAUUUAUACGGAAUGAGCAAGGCCUUUGAUUAUCAUCAGAGAGUCAUGGGCAGGCAAUGUUGA